AUGCAAUUCUCUAGUUUUUUGAUCCUUGCAGCGAUUCUCUUCAUCCAGAGUCUAGCUGCGGCCGACACCUCCUUUCUCUGCAGCGAUAAAUCCAAGACAAAUGCCAAGAAAACGUAUGGUAUAUGCACCAGGAAGAUCACAGAUGAAGAUAAACAAGACAUGGUCUUAAAGAUCCUGAUUCAAAAUAGACCGGGAGCCGCCAUCCUGGCGCGUGGUGCCAUACCAGCUGGACGCAGCUUCACUUGUAACGGGUUGAAGGGUUUCAAAGCAGAGGCGAGGCUUUGUGCAGACUUCUUUGUGGAUCCAGGGGAUGUAACAGUAAAUACUCAAGACGACAUCACUCAACAUACUUAUAGUCCAAAUCCCCGCCGUUGA